UAAUUAAGUACGUAAUCGGAUAUAUGGGGCCGGUUCUGUCAUAGUCGACUUGGUAGUGUGCUAAGUAGUCGACUAUUUAUCUUAGACUGCCGUACUCGAAUGUUGAUAACUGCGUGGACUCUGAACGGAAAAGAAAAGGAGGAAGGGAAGAGAAAGGAGAGAAGUUAUUGUCACGAUCAAACUACUGAAGUCGUGUGUUUUAUGGUUCGUCGAAAAGUGCCAUCGUUUUAGUUCACAAUGGACAGCAAUCCUGGUUGUUCAAACACAGGAUUAUCACAAUGUUGGAAACUACGGUCACACUGCUCUCAAGCUUCCAGCGAUCACAGCUUAGUUUCAGGUUUGGAUCCUGCUUCGUUCACAUUCACUGCUCAAGGAGAAAUGAAGUGUUGCAUUAAAUCUUAUCAAUAUGAUCUGCUUAAGAGUCUGUAUGUGAUGAAGCAUAACCAGAUGUUAACAGAUGUACGGUUGGAUGUGGCAAAUGAAUCCUUUCAUGCUCACAAGAUAGUAUUGGCAGCUGCCAGUCCGUACUUUAAGGCCAUGUUCACGAGUGGCCUCAGAGAAAAGGAUGCGUCUGUUGUAAAGUUACAAGGAGUUUGCCCAACUGUGAUGAACAAACUUCUUUCUUUCAUUUAUACUGGUGAAAUUGUGAUCAAUCAAUUAGUUGUCUGCCAAUUGCUUCCCACAGCGAGUAUGCUGCAGGUAUCUCCAGUGAUUCAGGCCUGUUGCACCUUCCUCGAAAACCAAUUGGAUCCAAGUAAUGCUCUUGGUAUUGCAGCAUUUGCUGAGCAGCAUCACUGUAGUAAUUUGUACAAAGCUGCAAAUGAGUUUAUUGAUCAGCACUUUAUUCAAGUUUGCCAAGAGGAAGAAUUUUUGCAGCUGAGUUCAUGCCAACUAGUAGCACUUAUCCGACGAGACCAUUUAAAUGUUAGGGAAGAACGAGAUGUAUACAACGCAGUUCUAAAGUGGGUUCGAAGUAAUGAAGAGCACAGACGGCCUAGAAUGGAAGACAUUUUAGGAGCAGUCCGCUGCCAUUAUCUCUCACCCAGCUUCCUAAAGGACCAAAUGAAGAACUGUGAUAUAUUGAAAAAAGUACCAGCUUGUCGCGAACAUUUGGCGAAAAUUUUUCAGGAAUUGUCGCUUCACAAAUCACCGUGUGUACCGCAAAGAACUCCCUCAGCUCCUUGUGUUCUUUACAUUGUAGCUGGAUUCUCACGUCGUUCCCUUAAUCUCUUCGAAGCCUUUUCUGUCGGCGAAAAUAAGUGGCUCCCACUCUCGCCAUUACCGAAAUCGCUUUCCGGCCUUGGAGGAGCUUUUUUGCGAGGUCUUUUGUAUGCCGUUGGUGGCCGAGAAAACGUUCCUGAAGCAUUGGGUGAUAGUGGUCACGUAAACGCCUACGAUCCCACAAGUAACACUUGGCAAUCGCGGGCUGAUUUACUUCAAACUAGACAUCGACCUGGGCUAGCAGUACUCGAUGGCUAUCUUUAUGCAAUUGGAGGAGCGUCUGGCAAGACACACUUGGACUCUGUCGAACGGUAUAAUCCUGAACGCGAUCAGUGGGAAUGGGUAGCACCCAUGAAUAGCCCUCGUGUAGGAGUAGCGGCAGCUGUCGUCAAUCGAUUACUCUACGCUAUAGGAGGAUUCAAUGGAGUAGACCGCUUAAAAACUGUUGAAUGUUUCCACCCAGAAAAAAACGAGUGGAUAUUUGUUAGUCCGAUGAAUCAACAACGAAGUGGUGCCGGAGUAGUGGCUCUUGGGCCAUACAUCUUUGUCGCUGGCGGAAUGAGUCCUACUGGUCAACUGAAUUCUUUUGAACGAUACGACACAGAAAAAGAUGUCUGGACACCUUUGAGUCCGAUGUUGUCAGCUAGAAGUGCACUGACUUUAGCAGUCCUGGAAAAACAAAUCUACGCCAUGGGAGGAUUCAAUGGAACCAGCGUGGUCGACGUAGUAGAAAUUUAUAAUAUUGAAACUGAUCAAUGGCGUGUUGGCCCACCGCUGAGCUGCCCGCGUUCCGGUCAUGCAUCUGCAGUUUUCUGCUCUCCGUGUUCUGCGCAUUCGGCACCCGGUUGACGCUACUCAUCAAAGGCCUUAGUUAUAUUAUCUAAAUUGUAAAAUAGACUCCUGUCACGAAGUCAUGAAUCAAUGGUUUAAUCUUUUUUGAUGUACAUAAUCACCGUGUAUAUAAUAAUAAUAAAAAUAAAUUGGGCAUUACAAAAGUGCCUUUCACUCACUAA